GCCACGCCACAGUACUAGACAGCUUACUCUUCGAGAGCUGCACAUCGUCGUCGAAGAAAGGAGCGCUUCGUCGGUCCUACGGUAUCUUGUUGAUGCGGACGACUCAAGUGAAGUCGAGCUGGCCCUAUCCUACGCACAACCCUAAGAGAACGUGCUAGAUCUCGGUAUGUCGACAGACCAACUAGCUACAGGCGUCGAAAGGACCACUGGAAGUCUUUACUAUUUGAUACGGAGUGUCUGAAUGCUGAUGAAUUUCUUGAACACUUUCGCCUAGAGAGAGAGGCAUUCUUCCGCCUCGUCGACUUGGUAAAGAAUGAUCCUGUCCUCAUAUCCAGAAGGAAUUGCUCAUUUCGUGGGUCUGCUGAGCUUCACCUCAUGAUAUUGCUGAAGUGUCUAGGAAGUUAUGGCAAUGACAACACCUGGUCUAAGCAUGGAGUCUUUUUCGGUCUUGGCAAAGGUACUAUCGGAAGAUAUCUACGUCGUGCAAGUGGAUAUACAAGCGAAUGGUAGGAGUGACUUGGAUCUUUCAGCGGACGAUGAGCUGAGCAUGCCGCUGCCAUCGGAAGAGGUAAUGCCAGAUCGAUAUCUUCCUGUGAGACCCCUUCCUGUUCAAGCUUUGUUCGCUCUCGAAGCAAUGUGA